AUGAAGUUAGAAACAAAAUAUAUUAAAUAUUUGACGCCAGAUGACUGGCAGGUUCUUACUGCGAUGGAUGUUGGAUCAAAAAACCAUGAAAUAGUACCAACCACUUUGAUAGUAAAAAUCGCCAAUCUUAGAACUGGAGUUGGUGCAACAAACAGGUGCAUAUCAGAUCUUGCCAAAAUCAAGCUUAUUGCGAAAGUGAGAAACGCAAAGUAUGACGGAUACAAAUUGACAUUUAAUGGGUUUGACUAUCUCUCACUUAGAGCAAUGAUGAAGAAUCAUACCUUAAAGAAGCUACUUACAACAAUAGGUGUCGGCAAAGAAUCAGAUAUAUAUGCAGCAAUUGCACCUGACGGAGAAGCACGUGUUCUCAAAAUCCACAGACUUGGACGUGUGUCAUUCAGAUCUGUUAAAAACAAACGCGACUAUCUUCGAAACAAACAGGCUCAAAGUUGGAUGUAUCUCUCACGAUUAGCCGCCGAGAGGGAGUGGGAUUUUAUGAGCAUACUACAUUCAAAUGGAUUCAGUGUUCCAACACCUUAUGAUUACUCGAGGCAUUGUGUUUUGAUGGAAAGAGUGAAGGGGUUCACUAUGAAGAUUCUACGCGAAUGUAAAUCAUACAGGAAGUUGUACAGCCAGCUCAUGUGCUUCAUAGUGAAAUUAGCAAACAGUGGGCUCAUUCACGGUGAUUUCAACGAGUACAAUAUUAUGAUAAAGGAGGAUGGAACAUUUGAUCCUCAGACAGAACUUGCAUUUGUGGUGAUUGAUUUUCCUCAAUGUAUUUCUAUCGAACAUCCGGAUGCCGAGUUUUACUUCCAAAGAGAUGUCGAUUGUAUACGGCGGUUCUUUAGGAGAAGAUUUAAGUAUAUUCCAAAGGCAAAUUCUUCUAACGGUAGCCAUUCCGAUACAGGAUAUGGAGACGAAUAUAAAUAUGCAUAUCCUAUAUUUAAGAGGGACGUGAAAAGAACCAGUGACCUUGAUGUCCAAGUUAAGGCUUCAGGAUAUAGGGCAAAGCUUAAUAGGGAAGAUAGAGAUCUUCAGGGAGCAGUUGCCAGUAUGAGCAAGGAGGAAAAUGCAGAAGAAGAGGAAUAUUCAGAAGAAGAGGAAGAGGAGGGAAAAGAAGAAGAUUCAGAAGGAGAGGAAGAACAGGAAGAACAGGAAGAACAGGAAGAACAGGAAGAACAGGAAGAACAGGAAGAACAGGAAGAACAGGAUGCAGAGGAAGUAGAAGAGGAAGAACAAGAACACCAAGUAGAAAAUGAAAACGAAAAGAUUAUCGAGGCUUUGAGCUCGGGUAGAGAGCUCAAAAUGGAUAAAUUUGGAAACUAUAUUCUUCCAAAUGACGAUGAUUGA